CUAGCAAUCCACAAACCCCCCGAAAAGACCUCCGCCCAGAUCCUCCGCGACGUGAAGCCGCAAUUCAAUAAAUCCGACCUUUUCGCGCCCUGGUUCGCCGCCGAACAGGAACGGCACGCGCAAGACCCGACGUGGAAAAAGAAGUACAAGCGCAAAGGCGGCUUCGACAUCAAAAUAGGCCACGGCGGGACAUUGGAUCCGAUGGCCACCGGCGUCUUGAUCGUCGGCGUGGGGCGGGGCACCAAGUCGCUGUCGAAUUUCUUGGGCUGCACGAAGUCGUACGAGGCGACACUCCUGUUUGGCGCCGCGACGGAUACGUACGAUUCGACGGGGAAGAUCGUCAAGCGGGCGCCGUAUGCCCACUUGACGCGGGACACUGUGGAAAAGGCGCUGGAACAGUUCCGAGGGAAGAUCAUGCAGCGGCCGCCAAUCUUCUCGGCGCUUCGGGUUAACGGCAAGAGGAUGUAUGAGUAUGCGCGCGAAGGGAAGGAACUGCCGAGGGAGAUUGUGGAGCGGCCCGUGGAGGUUAUUGAGCUGGAGGUGGUGGAGUGGAUGGAGGGCGGCACGCACGAUUUCAAGUAUCCGGAAGAGGAGGCAGAUGCGGAGACCAAAAAGGCUGCGGAAGCGUUGAUUGGCUCAGGACUGGAUCGGGCGGACGAUGGCAAAGACGGGGAGGUGAAAGAGAAGUCGUCGGGACAGGAGGAGCAUCAAGAAAAGGAUUCUCAUGCGGAAGGCGACCCAACCGACCCCACCAUUACGACACUUCCAGAAGAUACAACCGACCCCACCAUAAAGACACCGCUCCCUGAAGCCGGCGAUUCUACAAGUGCUGCCGCACAAGCGACCCCUGAGACCCCCGAACAGUCAGCACCACCAGCCGUAAAGCUCCGCAUGACCGUCACCUCCGGCUUCUAUGUCCGAUCCCUCUGCCACAAUCUAGCCGAAGCGGUCGGCUCGCUUGGGAUGAUGUCGGCCCUCGUACGUUCGCGCCAGGGCGACUUCGAGCUAGGGAAGAAUGUGGUGGAGUAUGAGGAAUUCGAGAAGGGAGAGGAGGUCUGGGGCCCUCAGGUCCGGUCGAUGUUGACAGACUGGCAGGAGAAGUGUGCUGCUGCUCAGGCGGACGAGGAGGGGUGA